CACUAAGUGUUUCGCAGUCCAGCCCGACACCACGCAACCAAAGCUACGAAGCUUUCGAACACCAAACCCCGUCGCACUCGCCGGCGCUCCCAGCGCUCACUUCCGAUCCCGAGACAACCCAGAAAAGUCCCACAAAACAACGCACCGCACGAUGAACAAGCUGCUCGUCGCAAGCGUGGUGGUGGUGGGGCUGAUGGUGGCCACCCUUCAGCCGGCGUCCGGCUCGCUGUACGGACCGUUCGGUCCGUUCGCCGGUGCCCAGUUCGGUCCGCCCGGAUUGGGAGCAUUCGGGCCGGGCGCCGCCGGACUGCCGCUGUACCCGUCGUCGGCGGUCGGUCGCCCCGGAGCCCCCGUCUACCAACCGUUCCUGCCCGUAGCGUCCCCGCUGCUGAGCCGCUCACUGGCCCCGGCUGCACCGCUGCCCGUGUUGCCGGCCGCCGCCACCGGUAAUCUGCGUGCCGUCGUGUCCGGAUCCGACGUCCUCGAGCGGCUGGCCGUGGCCGACCUGCCGGAGGACCUGCAGCAGCGGGCCCAGGAGCUGCAGCUUGCGAGCGAGCAGGGCUUCGAUGCGUGCGAGGAACUCCUGGCGACCCCCGGCGCCUACUGGCAGUACAAGCGCUGCCAGGCAUUCCAACUCCGCAACGCCCUGACCGCCGCGAAGGCCCUCGAGCAGGAAGCUACCGCGCGUGCCGCCGCUGCUGCUGCUGCGGCUGCCGCUGCCGAUGCUGCCGCCGCCGCUAGUACUGAACCUGCCGCUACCCAGCCCGAAGUCUUGGUCUAGGAGCCGGUCCCACGGGAGCCGGUUUGCCCCCCCGCAGUUUCGUUUUGAUUCUGUGCAGUUCAGUUCUGUGUGUGAGAGAGAGACAGAGUAAGAAAGAGGAAUAUUGGAUCGAAUAAAAACCGAAGGUCGAAGUUGAGAGCACACAGCCGGUACGCCGGUGCCAUCAAACGA